AUGAAGUUAAUCCCUAACCCUUAUGGUCGCUCUGUAAAACCAGAGGUCCCUCUGGCAGUUAUUGGUGAGGCCAUUCCCCAUGAACCAUUGGCAUUGCCUCUGCCUGAAUAUUGCCCUAAAUGCAACGCAAAGAAGUUUGCGUAUGAGUCCUUGCAUUUCUGUUGCGGCAAUGGGGAGGUUGAGGUAGCUUCCAAUGCCUAUCCUCCUGAACUUGUUCGGCUAUUCACUUCACGGGAUGAAGAUGCCCAGCAUUUUAGGAAAUACGCACGACUAUAUAACAAUUUGUUUGCAUUUAGUUCACUUGGAGGGGCGAUUGAUGCCCAAACUCAGAAAGGGAUCUAUGUGUUUAAACUGCAUGGCCAAAUUUAUCACCAUGUCCCUGAUUUGCUACCUGGUAAUGACAACCCUAAAUAUUUGCAGCUUUAUUUUUAUGAUGCCCAACAUGUAGCUGAGAACCGAUUAGGAUGUUUCCCAGAAUUACGCGAAGAUGUUAUCAACAUGCUAAUGAAUGUUACCCAAAGAAAUCCCUACGCUAGAUUUUUUCGGUCUUUGAAAGAGAUGGAAAUUAGGGAGGACACCCAUAUAGUACUUAAUAAGAACACAGUGCCUGACCAACGUGUGUAUAACGCUCCUACAUCUGAUGAGGGGCUCAGGAAGAUGUCCACUGGUGGAAGACAUCAACUACGAACCCAACAAGACCCGGUUGUGUCUUGUGCUGUGCACACUACUGAGGAGCUCUUGUUCGAGGAAGCUAUACGUGCCACUGGAGCUCAUACCAAGGCAGACAAACAUAUCUCAGCAAGAGAAUAUUAUGCAUAUAAACUCCAAAGUCGGCCACAAAAUCUUCUCCUCAGAGCUGGCCGUUGUUUUCAGCAAUAUAUCGUGGAUAUGUACGUGAAAGUUGAAAACACUCGCCUUGAUUUUUUCCGGAGGAACCAGGCUACUAUACGGGCAGACCUCUACCAAGGUAUCCUAGACACCGUAGAAAGUGGGGAAACAAAUGCAGCGAAUGUGGGGCAUCGUGUUGUGCUACCCCCUACUUUCAUUGGCGGGCCUCGGGAUCUUAAAAAAAGGUACUUGAAUGCAAUGGCGCUGGUGCAGCGGUAUGGGAAGCCAGAUUUGUUUGUCACAAUGACAUGCAAUCCUAAUUGGCCUGAAAUAAAACAAGAAUUGGCCACUGGAGAAGAAGCGCAAAACCGGCCUGAUCUGGUUUCGAGGAUAUUCAGGGCCAAGUUGCUAGCUCUUAAGAAGCAGAUAAUGGAGAAACACGUGUUUGGGAAGGUUGCUGCAAUGAUUUACGUCGUUGAGUUUAAAAAACGGGGCCUUCCUCAUGCACAUUUCUUGAUCAUUCUAAAACCUGAAUUCAAAAUCAAAACUCCUGCUGAUUACGACAAGUUUGUAUGUGCUGAAAUUCCAUCUGUGGACAACCCUGGACUCAGAAAAAUCAUCCUCAAGCAUAUGAUGCACGGCCCUUGUGGUCACUUGAACCCUCAAUGCCCUUGCAUGAAACAUAAGAUCCAUAAAAACAAAUGUAAAAGCGGGUAUCCAAAACAGUUCUGCCCUGAAACGACAAACAAUAAAGAUGGGUUCCCUUUGUACAGGCGAAGGGACACCGGUGAUGCAGUUUCUAUCCGUAAGGCAAACCUUGAUAAUAGGUGGGUUAUCCCGUAUAAUCCAUACCUAUCAUCUCUGUUUGACUGUCAUGUAAAUGUUGAGGUUUGUUCAACCAUCCAGGCAGUUAAGUACCUCUACAAAUAUGUGUACAAGGGCCAUGAUAGGAUCUCUUUCAAUGUUGUGCAACCUGGUGAGCAGAGGGAUGUUGACGAGAUAGACCAGUUCCAAUCUGGUAGGUGGGUUUCUCCUUGCGAGGCUGCGUGGAGGAUCUUUGGGUUUGAUUUGUAUGAGAUGCAUCCGGCCGUCCUUCCACUCCAGGUCCACCUACCUAACAUGCACACAGUUCAGAUAAGGCCCCAUGAACGGCUUGAUGCUGUUGUUGCAGCUGACAGACAUUCCCGGACUUCUUUGACUGAAUUUUUUAAGGCAAAGGCUGCAACCCCAGAUGGCACAGGGUGCCUGUACAGCCGUUUUACAGAAAGGUAUAGAUGGGAUAGUGCUGCAAAACAGUGGUUCUUGAGGAAAAACAAAACUAUUGUUGUCGGUCGGUUAGCUUUUGUUAGUCCGUCUGAAGGAGAGCGUUACUUCCUGAGGUUAUUGCUCGUUCACGUCCCUGGCCCUAAGUCAUUCGAAGAUCUAUUAACAGUUGCUGGGUAUAGAUGCGCAACUUUUCAAGAAGCAGCCCUUAAACGCAACUUGCUUGAAGAAGAUGAAUCAGUUGAUCUUUGCUUAGCUGAAGCGUGUGCCGUACAGAUGCCUGGUGCUCUGCGUAGUCUCUUUGCCACUGUCCUCAUUUUCUGCCAACCGAGUAACCCCAGUGCGCUCUGGCUAAAGUACUAUGCUGCACUGUCAGAGGAUUUCAGCCAUCAAUUUCCAGAUUCUGAGGCUAAGAUCAAGCAACUCACAGCUACGUCAGUUGAGCAAUCCUUGGAAGAAAUGGGGAAAUCGCUCAAGACUUUUGGCCUGGACCACUUGCUUGAGCCUACUGAUGAUGAACUUGCAAGAAUACGAGAUAUAAUUGAUGCCCUCGAUGCACCAAUUCCUGACCACUGCAUCCGCUGUCGUGAAAGUCUCAACCCGGCACAACAAGAAGCAUUCACCUGCAUCAUUGACCAUGUUAAACAAAAGAAACCUGGUGCAUUCUUUAUAGAUGGCCCAGGCGGAACAGGUAAAACCUUCUUGUACAAUGCCCUGUACGCAGAGAUACGUCUCAUGGGCUUGAUCGUGCUUCCAACUGCUACAUCAGGCAUAGCUGCAGCCAACAUACCAUCCGGAAGAACAGCACAUUCCAGGUUUAAGAUUCCUAUAGAUACUUAA